CCAAACUCUGAUUGGUCAGUUACAACUGCGCCGCAACGAGUUACUUCCGCAGAUAAAGCCUGUGUUACCCAUUAAGAGAAAAUUCCUGUCUUCUUGCCGUGUUGCUGACCUGCAGCUCGGGAGCAUGGCUGUGUACGGAGGCGUGAGCCCAUCGAGCACAAUAGAUUUAUUGAAUGAUCACUGCAAAAAGAGGAGACGUAGCGUAGAAAUUCCAGAUGUGCCACAGGAAGAAGCGCCUCUGGAUCUCACGGCGACAACCCCUGACGCGCCCAAGGAAAGUAUUAGUAUGUCACAUGCACAGACAUGCGGACGCUAUAAUGAAUCUCUCGACUCCGCUACGGCCAGCAAACGACGCCGAGAAGAAUAUGUGGAAUCGGGGACUAUCGCUUCUGAGGUUUCCACUAAAACAGACAUCGAUUCUGAAGAUUGCACUUACAAUUCUUUUCAGUACUGGAGGGUCCCUUUGCUUCAACUUGACCUUUCGCUGCUGGAAGAAACCACAGAACUUUGCCAAGUACAAGACAAUUCAAAUGUCAGAAACGCUUUGGAUGCAAUGGAGACCUGAAAAUGUCACACUUUAGCAAGCAACCUAAAAUAUAUGUCGAAUUGUCAAUGUCAAUUUCUUUUGACUUGAAACGCAAACGGGAUAUGUACAGUUGUUUGUUGACCAAGUGACCAGCGCAUUUUCCAAAGUUUUCUUUUAAAUUGAAAGCUGUUAAUAUGACGUGUUUAUAUCCUGCACUAUAGUAACCUAUUACAUUUCAGUAUGCUAGUACAAUUUCACGAUGUCACUAGUAAUGUAAAACAACUACAAUUUAGCCUUUUGAAAUAACACAAUCACAAGUUGGCCUUCAGGUUCCUCUACCAUCAUUGAAACAUGAAGCCUACAUGAAUGAGAAAAACUCCCAAACUUGGACAAAUGAGAAUUUUCAGUAGUGAUUUCACUGAUAUAUAUUCUACAAGUGAGGACAAAGCCCUUAGGACAAAGCCCGCACUAGUAAGGACAUUGUUUUUGACCAUCAUGUUAUUGAGCCGUAUCCUAGUUUUGGACAUGUAGUGGUUUUGUACAUGGUUUUGUGGGUGAAUUGAGACUCAGUGCACCUAUUAAGAAGUUUUAUAGUUUUCGUAUUGUCAUCUGAUGAUGAUCUAAUCCAAUAAAUCACUUUCUUACCAGCCUGAUCAAA